UGAGGCAGACUCGCUGCUAGCCACUGUCUGUGGGGAGAGAACGAGAGAGAACAACAUCAAUGUGCUGGAUCUAUGUAGGUAGAGCUGCUAGGGCAGGGCUUGCAGUGUAGACACUUGGCUGUGGARAGGCUACAGGCUGCAGGCAGUGUGCUGCUGGGGAAGAUACCUGGUAGUAAUUAGUGAUCAGASUCUUCUGGGAGAGUGAGGGGGGCUGGCAUUCUGGAGGAGGUAGAGGAGGAGAGAAGAGGAGAGAGGGGGCUGGUUUUCUGGAGGAGGUUGAGGAGGAGGAAAAGGAGGAGAGAGAGGAGAGAGAGCGUGCUACCGUUCAUUUAGAGGCAGCAGCAAGAGACUGAAGCAUCGUCUGUCUGAGCUGAGGCAGGGCUGCAUGGAAUGGAGGAAUACUAGAGAGCAGCGCUGCUUGUCUGUCUGUCGACACACUCUGUCUGGACUCUCACGCUACAUUCAGGAUAGAUUGUGUGUUGAGUGGAUGAUAGGAAUAGAGGAUGCAGGUCUGAUAUGCACAGUUUGUCUGUUUGUGAUCAUAUGUGUAUAGGUUUGUGUGUGUUCACUACAUCCAAGCAGGUGAGUGUAAUGUGUUCGCAUGUACACUGUUGUGCAUGUGUGUAUUUGUGAAAUGUGUAAGAUGAAAUGUAUGUGUUUGCAAAUGUGCAAAUMAGUUUCUAUGUGUAUGCAUUGCGCCCCUGUAUUCAUGUUUGUGUGUACAUGUAAGGUAUCUAAACGGAUGCAUACAUAUCCCAUAACUUCCUCUGUUUGUGCACUGUGACGUGAUUCUCUUGCUGUGUUUUCCUAGACUCUAGUUGUGUUGUAGUCAUGGCUGCCUGAGGGACUGCUCCCUAGCUGUGUGGAUCUGGAGCCCCCUCUGAUAUCAUGCUGAGAGCUGGGCCAGCGGCCACCACUCUAAUCCUGCUGCUGUCAUACUGCUGCUGCCACCUGUGUCACUCUCUGGGAAUCCCUAAACUGUCCUCCUAUGCCAAGACAGAGGACAAACUGUUCAAGAACCUCUUCAGAAACUACCAGAAAUGGGUGAGGCCUGUGGAAUACCUCAAUGGCACAGUACGGGUCAGAUUUGGACUGGCCAUCUCKCAGCUAGUGGACGUGGACGAGAAGAACCAGUUGAUGACAACCAAUGUGUGGAUGAAACAGGAAUGGUUGGACAUGAAGCUACGCUGGAACCCUGAUGACUACCUGGGCAUCACUAARAUCAGAGUCCCCUCGGACUCCAUCUGGWUCCCAGACAUUGUGCUCUAUGACAAUGCCGAUGGACGUUUUGAGGGCUCUGUCACCAAGGCUGUUGUCAAGUAUGAUGGCACCAUCACCUGGACACAGCCCGCUAACUACAAGUCAGCCUGCAUCAUCGAUGUCACCUUCUUCCCCUUUGACCUGCAGAACUGCUCAAUGAAGUUUGGCUCCUGGACCUAUGAUGGCUCACAGGUUGAUAUCCUCCUGGAGGACUUCCAUGUGGAUAAGAGGGACUACUUUGACAAUGGUGAAUGGGAGAUAGUGAAAGCGACAGGCAGCCGUGGUCUGAGGAUGGACGGUUCCUGCCACUUCCCCUUCAUCACCUACUCCUUUAUCAUCCGUAGACUGCCGCUCUUCUACACCCUCUUCCUCAUUAUCCCCUGUAUCGGCCUUUCCUUCCUCACCAUCCUGGUCUUCUACCUGCCCUCCAACGGUGGGGAGAAGAUCUCCCUGUGCACCUCUGUGCUGGUGUCCCUCACCGUCUUCCUUCUCGUGAUCGAGGAGAUCAUUCCGUCCUCCUCCAAGGUCAUCCCUCUGAUCGGGGAGUACCUGGUGUUCACCAUGAUCUUUGUCACGCUCUCAAUCGUCAUCACCGUCUUCGCCAUCAACAUCCACCACCGCUCCUCGUCCACGCACCAAGGCAUGGCGCCCUGGGUGCGCCGUAUCUUCCUGCACAGGCUGCCUAAGCUGCUGUGUAUGCGCAGCCACGUGGACCGCUAUGCUACCCCAGGCGGYGCCAGGGCAGGACUGGCAGGGAGAGAGGGAGUAGUAGGGGGCAUUACGAAGGYUUCUUCACCAGAGUCCACCCCUCAUCUCUCCUCUAGGAAUAACCUGCAGGCUGCUUUGGACUCUAUCCGCUACAUCACCAUGCAUGUGGUCAAGGAGAARGAGGUCAGAGAGGUGGUGCAGGACUGGAAGUUUGUGGCUCAAGUUCUGGAUCGUGUGUURCUGUGGACCUUUCUCCUAGUCUCAGUACUGGGCUCUGCUCUGCUCUUCAUCCCUGUCAUCUACAAAUGGGCAAACAUCAUCGUCCCCAACCAUGCAGGCGGCAGCGGAUAAGACUAAACUGAGACUAAGUGCACUGAGCACAAUAAAUGCAGAUACACUACAGUCAGUGCAGAAGAAGAGACACUUACUCACAUGUGUGUGUGGGAGACCAGUUAUAAUUGCAAUGGAUUCUAGUUCCAUCAUGAUUCUUGAUUUGUGUAUAUGAAUGAGGGAUUAUUGUCUCUAUGUUGCUGUAUCUGUUUAUAGAUUAAAUUAACAUACAAUUGUUUUAUAUUCUGGAAGGAGGAUACCUCCCUAUAGGCAUAUCUCACAAAGUAAAGUAUAACAAUGAAUACAAUUAUCCAGGUUACUGUCUUUCUUGCCUCCCACCCUUUACCAUUACCCUUUUAUAUGACCCAUUACCUUUUAUGUU